AGCAUCUUGACAGAAAAUAUGCUUCGGUGUUACGAGAUACCAUUAGAUUGUUGGCGUAGGGUGAAAAAAUUGCAAAGUCUAGUUUCAGAUGUUCUUACGAAAUGCGAAAGUGUUGAAAAAGCACUUUCAAAACAUGAUGAGAAGGCAGAAGCUCAUAUUCCUCUGAAAACUGUAUACGUUUAUACCAUACAAGACGAUCAAGAGUUUUUGAAGAUUUUCGGAGAGAAAGCCGAAGAAAUUUCCCCAACGUGUUUGUCAGAAGAAUGGCAUAUUGAGACGAAUGACGAGGAGAAUGAUUUCACACUUGGAGCAGAGUUUGCAGGCUUCUUUUUUGAAAACUUCUCUUUCAGGACUAUCAAAUCCGUGUCCAAUAAAACAAUUAUUCCCUACAGUCCAAGGGCAAUUGUGGCGUCUUAUAAUGAAAGCAGUGUUUUAGAAAUGGUUGUUUUUAGACCGCUAAAAAGAAAAAGUGUAUACCUACAAGGACUUCUCAAAGAGCUAAAGCAGAAAUCCGCCACUCAAGAUGGUGAACAAAAACGAAAAAUCAAGGAGAGUCAAACUGCCGUCGACUACCUAAUUGGAGAAAUAAUUGCAUUGUUCAAUAUGAGUAACAUCGAAGAGAAAUUUCACCCCAGAAUACCAGGCUACGAGUUGAUGGAAAUUGAUGACGAGGUUUCAAAAGGACUUUUUGCGGUUGAAAAGGGUAUUAAAGGUUUUGGGUACCGGUUUAGUACUCUGCAUAUCGACAUAGAAGAAAACAAACGACCAGACGAAAUAAAACAGGAAACCCGAGAGACAGCCAUAAAAGAUUAUUUACAAAAAUUCGGAAUCACAAACGUUGAAUUUAACUAUGUCUCCCCGUCUGAAACAAAAUUUACCUACGUCGGUGCCUCAUGCACAGUGAAUCAGAAAGUUGGCGUUCUUGGAAGUUUCGCUUACAAGACAAAUAACCAAGGGUAUAGUAUUUUGUGUGGCCUCAUCUCAAAACAUCUCGCUACUGCAUCUCAAAAUGAUGAUAGUAUUUAUCUAGAGAACGGUGAAAAGUUAGGUUCCGUUUUGUCGAAUACCACUAAGCAUGGAGGCUAUGAUAUAGCUGCUGUCAGUAUUGCCGGCGAUAUUGAACCACUCUGUUUUAAGGAGUUUAGAAAUUCGGACGGAAUGUUGGACCCAGGGAGCCUUCACAAGGCGGUCACUUUAGACGACUAUAGGAGACUACAGGAUAUUCCAGUAUACGCAUGGGGUCGCAAAUGUGAUAAACAACCAGGAAGAGGGAAAAUAACUAUUCCUAGAUAUAUAUGCGCUGCCUGUCCCUUACCACACAUUAUAGUGAUGGAUCAAGAUGCCUCUCGAAGAAUGGCAGAACCAGGUGACAGCGGUGUAAUUGUUUGUGUGGAUGAUUUAGAUAAAGACGAAGUUCUUUUGAUUUCAAUGUUAAGCGGAUCCCCCGAAGAUGAUAAAUUAUUCGACGAAAAUCCCUGUAGAUUAAGAACAUACACGACAUUUUCGUUAAAGAAAGGUGUAGAUCAGCUGUCAGAAAACACAUCCUGUACAUUUAAGUUGGCUUGAAAUUAUUUUGGAAAACUGUAUAUUAAAGUUCCAUAAUACUUUAAAUUUUAUGUUCAAACAGAUGAAAUAGCUAUCCAAGUAGAUGUUUUGCAUUACUACAUGGUUAGGAAAGCACUACUUUUAAUACUGCACUGAUUUUUUACAGUAAGAGCAAUAAGGGAUGUAAUUAGAAAUAACAGAUUCAUACAUACUUUCUACUGUGUUCAUCCGUAUUCUGACCUUUGACAAAUAUUAGAGAAAGCUAUUUUAGGAAAUAGGAUUUAACAAGAAAUAAGUAUAUUUUAUGAUCCUAACGGAAACUGUGGCAUCCACAGUAUAAGUGGCAUAUGCAUUUUGAGCCUUUAAGUGAUAUUUUUUUGUGUCAGAGCAAAUUGUGAAAUACAGAAAGCAAACGUUUAGCACGUGAAAAAGAAUGAGUAAUGUUUAAUGUUUCGUGAUAGAUAUCGCAUUUUUUCAUUAAAUUAUUUAUACCAGUAAAAUAAUUAGAUUUAACAAUUGUGAAUGCUACAGUUUAUGUAAUACUUUUUACAAAUUAAGUUCAGUUAAAUUAGCAGGUUUUCCACAUAUUGUGACAUUUUUGUAGUAAACUAAUAUAGCUUUUUUAAUUCAAUCUGACAGAAAAUGUCCAAUGACCAGUAUCAUCCAGUAUUGACUAAUCGACCACUUCUGACCAAUUUAUGAGUAUUGAUAAUGCUGUUUGAACUAAAUAAUAAUACAUGCAUUCACCUUAUUCAAGCCCAAAAUAAACAGUCAUUAUUUAAUUUUCCACAAACUCUGCAAAAUAACUUAACAGUCAGUAUUGACUAGUUGAUCAGUAUUGACCAAUCGACCAGUAUUGACCGGUAUUGACCACUUCAGGGAGUAUUGACCGGGUGGUUUUAACCGGUUUAACCACCCAACAUUGGUAUCCAGAGAGUAGACUUAAACGCAAGUUUAAGUAGGUAGAAAAUCAGUUUUAUAAAAAGGCGGUCUCGUUUCCGAACAGUUUAUCCCCCACGGCAGAGCCUCGGGUAGUUAAACCCUGACUUGCCGGCUAAACUUGAGUUAAGACAGACAGUUACCUAAUAUUCCCUAUAUCGUGUCAAAUAAAAGUAUUUCAUUUUGUAGGUCUUAUGAUAUGCGUUGUUUGUGUUUGGUUUAUGUCUUCAUUUUAUUCUUGUUAAAGAGACCCUACUAAGAGGUCUUAGCGUGUUUUGAUUUUGGUUAUCGAUGGAUUGUUGUUUUUGCGUGCACCGGUAACGAGUAAACAAUGGACUUUAUUCCAGGAAUGAAUAAAUGAUUGUCGAUCGUAGUAGGUGGGGGUCAAAAGUGUCUACUAUGCAUCCUCUUGACUUUUUCAUAGGUACAUUUUUUGUACCAAAUUGUUCCGCAGGGCCAACUCUUUCAAAACAUAAAAUGUUCCCAUGAAAAAAAUCUUUUGAUUUCACUGUUUCUAUGGCAACCGUUCAUUUUUGGAAAGGACAACCAUAUAGAUUAUAAUCGAUCAUAUCUUAGUCAGUUUUGUUGAUAAAACAAUAAAAAUGGUAUCAAAAUGGAGUUAAUGUUAAUUAACUAGUUCGCAUAUUCAUUAAUAUUAAUUAGAAUGUUACAAAAUCUAAAAGUCUCUCUGUGUUUUCUUAAAUAGUAUUUUGUAACUUUGAUGGUAUUCUUUUUACUACAAAAAAGGUAUGUUUAGCUACUUUGCAUAAAUAUCUAUUGUAUUUAGAUAUAUGUAGGAAGAAAUUUGAAUCCUUGUUAUCAAUAUCAUGAUUUCAUUGAUUUGUUUUAACUUUAAAGUAUUAAUUUUAACAUUUUUCUGUAAUUUUGUCAUCCAAGAAAUCCUCUGAAACAUUGAAUGUAUCCAUCAGUUUAUAUCAGAUUCUUAAUUAUGUUGCUCUUUUAUUUGAUUGUUUCAUUAUUGUUGUCAAUAAUUACAUUUUACAUCAGUUAUGUAUUCUUAUGUAUAUAUUCACUAUAUAUCAAUAUAUUUUCAUUUUUAUUUUACUUACUAUAGCAUAUUUGCUCUCUUGAUGGUUAGCUGUUAUGAAUAAUUUUCUGUGCUGCUUUAUAACACAGUAUUUAUAAAAUGGAAAGCAACCGUCAAAAGAAGAUCAUAGGCUAUCCAAAAAUUACUUUUUUUAUAAAUGGCAUUUGAUUACACUUUGAUUCUGAAUCAAUUUAUAUCAAGAUAAUGAUUUUUAGAAGAGGCGGCAGACUACCACAAAACCUUAAAUUCUAUUAUAAUGAAUGUGAAAUUGAAAUUGUCAACAGAUUUACCUACUUAGGAAUUGUUUUUUCUAGUGAUGGUUCCUUUAGUGCUGCAAAAACUACAUUAGCCGGACAAGCUUAGAAAAGCAAUAUUCACAUUAACUAAAUACGUACAUCAAUUUACGUACUUAACGCCUUUGCAUAAAUUAGAUCUAUUCGAUAUAUUAGUGUCUCCUAUUUUGAACUAUGGAAGCGAAGUUGUAGGAUUUGGUGAUUGUAAUGCUAUAGAAAGAGUACAUUUGCAAUAUUGUAAAAUGUUAAUAGGGGUAAAGAAAAAUACACAAAACGAUUUUAUAUAUGGGGAACUGGGUAGUCAUUCCAAACGAUGCAGCAUUAUAAAAUACUGGCUGAAAUUGAUAUAUAGUGAUGACAGAAAAUAUGUCUAUAAAAUAUAUCAAAUGUUGAAAAGUGAUUUUGAUAAUGCUCCCCAAACAAUUAACUGGUGUUCUGCAGUAAAAAGUUAUUAUGUUCAUUAGGUUUUUAUGCUGUUUGGCUACAGCAAAAUGUUGGUAAUAUUGAUAUGUUUCUAGUUAUUGUUUAAUUAAGCAAAGAUUUCGAGACAAUUUUGUACAGAAUUGGCAUAGCAGGUUAGAAGACUCGUCAAGAGCAUUAUUUUAUAGAACAAUACCGUUAUCCUGUUUCAGAUUUCACGAAUAUCUAAAUAUCAUAUCUGUAGAUAAAUAUAAUAAAGCAUUGUCCAGAUUACGAGUAUCGUCACAGAUUACAAAUAGAAGCUGGGCGCUGGACAAGGCCGACAAGUACACCAACAAAUGAUAGAAAAUGUUCAAGUGCAACGUCUUAGAAGACGAAUUUCCUUUUGUUUGAAUGCCAACUAUAUAAUGACAUACGAAAACAGUAUAUACAUGAAAAUAUUGGAACUAUCCAAGUAUGUUUAGAUUGAUAGAACUGUUUAGAUGUAACAAUACAGUACAAAUUAAAAACCUAGGUAAAUAUGUAUAUCAUGCUUUUGUUAUUAGAAAGGAAGCAGUGUAUGGUACAAACAAUAUUUAACGUGACUGUAUCUUUACAUGCAUGUAAAGUAGUAUAAAUGUAUAAUUGUAUUAGAAAAGUGGUACACUUAUGAAACCAGACAGCGAAUAUAUUAAAUCCAACUUCAUAAACACUUAGUAAUUUUAAAUACAGCUGAAUAUUAUUGUAUACACAUGCACGACCGUGAAACCAAUCUUACAUAAUUAUUUCGAGUUUGUAGGAUCGGUCCUAUCCGGCUCUUUUAUUUUAUAUAUACAAAGUCAAAUUUAUUAGACCGUUAUUACCUUACAUUUCGUUUCGGUAAGGUUAGUGCGGCAGUUUUGAGUCUAGAGUCUUGGGUCUAUCUGCCCAUUGACAUUAAUGAAGUUCAUUAAAUGUGACACUUAGCUUAUUUUAUGUUUCUUUAGAAUAGCAUAUUAGCAAAUAAAUGUUAAGUUUCAGUUAUUUUGCUUAACCGUAUACGUUUUGUAACGGUAUAGAGUAAUUAGCCAUGUUCUCAGCAUUGAGAAAUAUUGUCCGACAAUUUAGAUAUACAUCCUUUGUAAUGAUUGAUAUAUAAUAUGAAUUGUAAUUGUAUUAUUAUGUCAAAAUGUAAUAUGUCAUACCUUCUCCACUUAUAUAU